UCUGCAUUUUACGCAUUCUCCCGACGACUUCCGCAUUCUUUCCCUACUCGUGCGUUUCUCCCUGCCAAUUAAAGAAAGUGAGACAAAGCAAUUGCACUUGCUCAUCAGACAAGAUCGAAGAACCAGAAGAAACAAAAAAACACCUUUCUCAACAAUCACAAUGAAAUACAUGGUUUUGCUAAGACAACCGACAAACCAGCACCCACACCCCAAGCCAAUGAGGUCUGAUCUCCGAGUAACGAGGGCGGUGCAAUAAAAUGAUCCUCCUCUUGAUCCCGUCUUCUCCGAUUCGCUUUGCUGAAGUAAACACCCAGAAAAUCCUCCUCUUUAUCCUGUCUUUUCUGAUACGCUUUAUCGAGGGAAUAAGAGGAAUUGAGGCAGGUGUAUAAGCCCUUUUUUCCCCCUCAUUUACUUGACUCCUAUGGUGAAAUUCCAUUACUUUUCUGUCACUAUAACGCAAUUUCUUCUUAGGUUCUUCCUUGGCAGCUCAGCGGUAUUCUAUGUUGAGAUUUACACUAGGUGCUGCCAUCAAAUUUCAGCUGCACAGUGGUAUUUAAGGUCAUAAUUAUACAAAGGUUGUGCCUUCAAAUUUCAGCUACACAGUGGUAUUUGAGGUCAUAAUUAUACAAAGUGUCUUUAAAGAAUGGAUCAUCCUGAGACAAAUAGGAAAAAUAGGAUAGCAAAGCAACGUUUGAAAAGAAAUCAAAAGAGCCAUCUGAGCCAACUCUAUUCUCAGAUGAAUUACUUGCUCAAAAUGUUGCUGAUACUUUGAACUUGGGUUCUCCAGAAUAUAAGUGUCAGUAUUGUGGGGCUAUUUUUUGGUUUGCUGAACGGCUCAAAAAUCAUCACUCGAAUAUUCCCAUAUACUCGCUUUGUUGCAGACAGGGUCGUAUAAAGCUUCCUGGGGAUAGAGGAGCUCCUCGUCCAUUAAAACAACUGUUAGAUUAUAAUGGGGGUCAGCUUUCAAAACUUUUUCAUCAGAAUCUAAGGAUGUUCAAUUGCAUGUUUGCAUUUACAUCUUUCGGUGGCAAAAUUGAUCGAGACAUAAAUGAUGGACAAGCACCAUAUACAUUCAGAAUUAAUGGUCAAAACCAUCAUCUUAUAGGCUCCUUGGUUCCAUUACCUGGUGAGAAACCCCAAUUUGCUCAGCUGUAUAUUUAUGACAUGGAGAAUGAAGCUACAAAUAGAUUAGCAGCUUUUUCAAGCUCUAGAGCAAACAUUGAAGCUGAUGAAGUUGAACGUAUUAUUUUACAGCUAAUAGAAAUGUUUGAUAAGGUUAAUGCAUUGGUAAAAAUUUUUCGGACGGCAAGAGAUCGAUUUAGAACUGUGAUCUCCAUUCUGUGUCUUUAAUAUUAUCUGCGAAGCGUCCAGAUGAUACUUCUCAAUAUAAUCACCCAUCUGUUCCUGAGAUGGCGGGAUUAAUUGUUGGAGAUCUUAGGCAGUCUGAUGAAGGCCGUGAUAUUAUAGUUGAAUACCAAACAGGAAAAUUGAAACAGAUAAGUGAUUUGCAUCCUGCUUUUAUGGCUAUGCAAUAUCCUAUCUUAUUUCCAUAUGGCGAAGAUGGAUAUAAAAUUGAUAUUCCUUAUCAAUUUGAUAUAGGUACAAGAAAAAUGAAACGGGAGUUUGUCACCAGGAGAGAAUAUUAUUGUUAUAUGCUGCAACAAAUGAGCUCUAAAAGUCAAUUACUCAUUAGAGGAGGCAGAUUAUUGCAACAAUAUAUCAUUGAUGCAUUCACCUCUAUAGAAGAUGAAAGGUUGUGUUAUAUUCGAUUUAAGUAUCAACAAGAGCAUUAUAGAUCUAAAAUCUAUAAAGGUGUACAAGAUGCAUUUCUUCAUGGAGAUAUCAGUGCAAAUACAGUUGGGAAACGUAAUAUUCUACCAGCAAGCUUCACUGGAAGUCCUCGCUAUAUGAUUCAGCAUUAUCAUGAUGCAAUGGCAAUUUGUCGUGCUCUUGGAAAUCCUGAUCUUUUCAUCACUUUUACAUGUAAUACACAGUGGAAAGAGAUCUGUGAUGCAUUGAACCUCAUCCCAGGACAACGAGCAGAAGACAGACCCGAUAUUAUCUUCCGAGUUUUCCAUACGAAACUAAUUGAGUUCAUGAAAGAUAUAAAACAAGAAAACUACUUUGGUAGAGCUAUUGGUGGCAUACAUACUGUGGAGUUCCAGAAAAGAGGCUUACCUCAUGUUCAUAUAAUAGUGUGGCUCCAUCCAGAUGAUAAAUAUUCAACCACUGAUGAUAUUGAUGAGAUUAUAUGUGCAGAAAUUCCAGACAAACAGUUGGAUCUCAUACUCUACAACAUCGUUUCAGCUUUUAUGAUUCAUGGACCUUGUGGUAUUGCCAAUCCUAAAGCACCCUGUAUGAGAAAUCAGAGGUGUACCAAACAUUUCCCAAAAAAAUACAGCUCAGAAACAGUUAUUGCAGAUGAUGGUUUUGCUCUUUAUAGAAGACGUGAUGAUGACAGAACAGUUGUUAAAGGACGAGUGAAACUUGACAAUCAAUCUGUUGUUCCUUACAAUAAAGGACUACUAUUAAAGUAUCAAGCACAUGUAAAUGUUGAAUGAUGUAAUCGCUCAAGAUCAAUCAAAUACUUAUUUAAGUAUAUCAGUAAGGGACCAGAUAGAGCAAGAGCAAUGUUACAUGAAAACAUUGAUCAAGUUCAACCCUGUUCAUCAGCUCAAUCUAAAGUUAUUGAUGAGAUUCAAACUUUUCUUGAUUGUAGAUAUCUUACUGCAUAUGAAUCAAUUUGGAGGAUUUUCGACUUUGACAUCCAUUGUAAGUUUCCUGCGGUUCAAAAUCUUACAAUUCACUUACCUUUGAUGAAUAAUAUAAUCUUUCGAGGUGAUCAAAAUGUUGAUGGACUGCUGCAUCAACCUAGUAUAAAAAAGACUAUGUUAACAGAGUGGAUGUCUACAAAUUGCACAGCUGAAGAUGCACGUCAACAAACAUACGCUAAAUUCCCCUCUUUUUGGAGAUGGGAUGGAAAAAACAAGUUCUAGUUUCGGAGACAACGAGGACAGUGUAUUGGUCGAAUAUCAUAUGUCCCUCCGA